CUCGGCGGUCUAUCAAAUUAUGGCACCAAAGGACGAUAUUACGACGGAUCCUCCGUGUCACCCACGAGCAUGUGCCAUUCAAAGUAUGUCAUACCGUCUGGAAAAUGGGGAUUUCGCUGACAUAUCCUUCAGACUGUAUACAAAAGAACAAUUAUGACGAGUCAAAGUGUAAAGCUGAGAUAGACGCUCUGUACGAGUGCUGCAACGCCUUCUAUGAGAAGUACGGAGAUGCCGCAAAGACAGUAAGCUGUCCGAAGGCGAACCUGCUCAGGCUGAAAAUGAGGCAACUCGCGCAAGAGAAGGGUUCAAAGUAGGUAUAGACCUUGGCAGGACUAUUCGGCGCAUAUCUAUAGAAGCAAAACUAUGUAUGAAGUACUCAAGGAGAUGCUCGAAGAGGAAGAAUAGCUUCCCCUCUCUUCUUCACAACAGCCUCAAGCAAAUUCUGUGUACAAAAUGAAAUAUAUACCACUCC